CAUCCGUAGUUUACGAAAUCCAUAGUUUAAGUUUGGCCAGAUAAUUACAACACUCUUGAGGAGAGUUUAGUUCUAUUAUUCACAAUAACCUGUUUUUCAACCUUCGACUCUCUCGGCUGGUUAAACAUUCAACAACAUUCAAUUUCAGUAUACCUACUAUUCAUUCAGUGUUGUGCUGUGCAGCCCGAGUUAAGGCGAAGUGAAUAAAACGCCAGAAUAUUUUUAUUUAGGUUACGGCGACGGUCGAAUCGUUCACAAAAAUAAACAUUGUAACUAGGUAGCUUUAGCUAUAAUAAAAAGGCGUUUUCUCUUUUGUGCGACGUGCCUACGAACAAGACAUUUAACUAUUUUAUAUUAAGACAAUUCGGGAGUGUUAAUUAAAUAAUCCAAUAUGGGAUGUGCCACAGGGAUUGUUAAAUAUUUAGUGUUUUUAGCUAACCUUCUGUUUGCCUUAGCUGGCUUAGCUUUAAUAAUAAUUGGAAUAUUAAUAAAGUUCAAUGUCAGUGAAGUAACGAAGAUUCUUCCGACAGAUUUUGGUCUAGCUCCCAUUCUGUCAAUCAUAAUCGGCGCUAUCGUCUUCGUGACAGCUUUCCUUGGAUGUUGUGGUGCCGUCAAAGAAAGUACUUGCAUGUUAACAACGUAUGCAAUCAUUCUUCUCACUAUCUUCAUCUUACAAGUCGCCAUUGGAGUUUACGCAUUCUUGCAAAUUAGAGACAAGCCCGCUUUCAAUAAAGCUAUAGAGGAAAAUGUUAGAAAAACUUUCGACAAUAUGCGUCAAAGUCACGAAGCCAAUGAAACAAUGCAAAUCACACAAAGAUGGUUAAAAUGUUGCGGUGUCUUUGGACCAUACGAUUACGAAGACAGAAGCGAAAAGGUUCCCGUUAGCUGCUGUCAAAACAUUAAUGUCCAGUGCCCAAGUACGAAUAACGAAGUCCAUACCGAAGGAUGUGCACCUAAACUUCAACAAGAACUGGAAAAAAGUUCUAAGGUCAUUGGAGGCGUAGCUAUUGGAAUUGCCGUGAUUGAGAUCGUUGGAGCCAUCUUUGGAUUAUGUCUCGCCAGUUCGAUCCGAAACAGCUAUAGGAGACACAUAUACGCUUAAUACUCCUCAUUUUUUUGUAUUUUUUAUUUAUUUGUUAUACGUUUUCCUUCAGUUUAAUAUGUUUUUUGUUAAUUAAAAGUUUUUACUCUUUUGUACCUAAUAAAUAAGUACUGGAUCUAAUAAUAACUGAGAUGUAAUUUGUUAAAUUUGAAGAUCAACACAUUAUAGAGAUAUAUAUUUUGUAUAUUUAACAUAGU